AUGGAAACUCGAAAGCAAUCGCAUCAGUGCGUUUGUUGUCUCACAAAGAACGAUUUGACAGUGCUGGAUGCGGAAAAACGAAAAACUCUCAGCUCAUUUCUCCGUGUUUCAGCCAAAAAGUUCUCCGAGUCUCGGAUUUGCAUCAAUUGCAACAGCACUCUUUCGUGCGUCGAUCGAUUUCGGCAAAACGCGUUAUGGGCUCAAACGAUUUUGGACCGAUGCAAGCUGAAAAACAGCUUUUUGAGCAGCGUAACUGACGAAUCUGUGAGUUCGUCGUUUGACUCGAUCCUCAAUUGGAUGAACGAUGUCACAGUAAUUCUGAAAUAUUACAUGACGGAUCUGAAGGAGGAGAUAAAAAUUGCCGAAUAUGAGGAGGACGAGGAAAUUGAACAUGAAGAAGAGCUUUUUGUGGGAAGUGUCGACGAGGGAAAUAUCAAAAAGGAAGUUAUGGAAGUCGAAGCGUUGGAAGAAGUUGAAGAGGAGAUAAAAAUGAAGCACGAAACGAAUUCGGAUGUCGAGGAAAUGGAUUACGAUGACGAUAACGACGACGAUUACAUUCCCGAAAACGAAGAAGAAGUCGAAGAAAAGGAGGAAAAACCAAAAGUUUUUCAGAAAAAAAGGAUUGCCGUGUAUCAAGAACCCGAUUCUGAGGACAAAUCCAAGUUCGUAUGCGACUUAUGCGGAAAAGGAUACGCUGUGAGACAAGAUUUGACGUAUCACAUGAACGUUCAUGCGGGUGUCAAUCCGUUCGUUUGUAACAUCGAUAAUUGCACAAAAUCGUAUCCUCAUCCACGAACAUUGAAAGUACAUCAACGCGAAAUGCACAAUGUAUGGAAUGGAAAGCCCGUGGAGAAGCCAACUGUCGUAAAUAAAGAUCCUGAGUACGAAAAAAAAUUAGAUGAGCUUCGAGAUGAGAAUUUCGACAUCGACAAGUACUAUUUAGAGGAGAGAAAAGGACAAAAACGCCCGUAUCAAUGUGCAAUUUGCUCCAAAUAUUACAACAAAACGGAAUUUCAGUAUCACCGUUUCCUGCAUUUGCGUUUAAAGCCCUUUAAAUGUGCAGAUUGCGAUAAAGCUUACGCAAGUCCCUUCGAAUUAUCCAAACAUUUCCGCAAAACGCACGAAACGAACAGCGAAAGUGACGGCGACGAUCGAGAAAAUGUCAAAAAGGAACAUUCCGAGGACGAAAACGAGCCAAUUAUGGAAUUAACGCCGGAUAAUUCGAUGCGCGACACGAACGACGACACAAAAUUGUAUCGAGAUCUCGAAAAGUACUUUGUUGAUGAGCGACGCGGAUGUCGUCGUGCCUACGAAUGUCCCGAUUGCAAGAAACUCUAUAGUCGGGGCGAGCUAAAGUAUCAUUUGAACACUCAUAAGAACAUAAAACCAUAUGCUUGUGCGGUUGAAGACUGUGACAAAUCAUUUUCAAGCCCGCGCGAUAUGAGAGUUCAUGCUUUGAAGUUUCAUAAAAUUAAAGUUAAGCCAACAAAGGAUUAUAGCAUGAAAAAUAGCAGAAAUUCUAUUAAGAGAGAGAAAAGUGAGAGAACUCUUGGAGUUGAAUAUAAUAAAAUUAACGUGAUUUGCACGGUUUGCGGUAAAAGUGUGAGGAAAAAACACUUUAGGGAACAUUAUCAAAUACACAUCAAGACGGAUUUCUCUUGUCCGUACGAGAAUCAAGGCUGCAAAGAAGUUUUUAAGAACAAAAUGAAACUUACGUCGCAUAUCCAAGCGAAACAUGAUCCUGAAUAUACGCCGCCAGCGGAGAAUUCUUGUAUGUGUGAGCAUUGCGGGAAGAGAUUAACAAAGGGUCAGCUUAAAUAUCACAUGAAUCUCCAUUUGGGUCUCACGCCAUACGCUUGUGAAUAUCCCGAAUGCAACGAAGCAUACCGCAGUCCAAAUCUCCUUCGUCAACACAUUGCCGGUUAUCAUCUCAAGCAAAUGCGCUUCAAAUGCCAUUACUGUUCGAAGCGUUUUAACACAAAAGAAGAGCAAGAAGAACACAAAAAGGAAAAUUGCGGCGUAAAAACCGCAACUUGUCACAUGUGUGGCAAAACAAUGAACAAAUUUAGCUUAAAAAAUCAUCUUUUGGUACACACGGGCGAGAAAAAUUGGGUUUGUGAGUUUGAGGGAUGCGGAAAAGCGUUUAUACGACGCGACAAGCUGCAACAACACAAAAAAGUGCAUUCGACAGACGAUCAUUACAUGUGUCAGUAUUGCAAUACAGGUUUCCGAUAUAAAUCGUGGCUUGAUACGCAUAUCGAGAAGAAACAUUCGGACAUUGUGACGUUAGGGGAACGCAUUUCGUACCAAAUUAUCGAUAAUUAAAAUAAAAUUUAGAGAAUUAAGAAGUGUUAAAGAAG